UAGAAAACAAUAUAUUCAUGCUUUAGUUGAUGAAUCAAGCAAAUCUUAUACAGCUUCUUUUAAUGCUUCUGAAAUUAAAAAAGUUUUAAAUUUAAUUAGUUUUAAAAAAUUUGUAGCUGUUGUUUCAGAUACAGAAUCAGCUAUAUGUAUAGCUCAUCAUAUUAAUCUUAUUACAUCACAUAUUAUUAAAUUAGAUUUUGCUAAAGGUGUUUUUAAAAAAUGUCAAAUAUUAAUAUCAUUUUUUAAAAAUUCUUAUCAUGCUGGUGCUGCUCUUCAAGAAGAUAUUGUUAAUUCUUUUAUAAAAGAUGGAGGAUUAAAAACUUUAGUAAAAACAAGAUGGUCUACUGCUUGGAAUUGUUGUAACUCAAUUAUUAGAUUAGAAAAUAGUCUUAAAAAUAUAAAUUAA